UACUCGCAGUUACCUCUGUUAUCGAUGUAAUCGACAUUGCCUGAGGCGUUACCUGCCGCGUAAUGUUUAUAUAUACAACAAGGAGCUUCAGUUACGCCAUUACCGUCGAAACGUACAGACGCAAAAAUUUUGUAAUUUACUUCAAUUUUACUGCGUAAUAUAAAAUCGUGUACGAAUAUUGCAUAAUUGUGAUAGUUACGAUUCGUGAAUUUUGUUCAACUCAUGUGUGCUAAUAGAUAAUCAUACUUAUUACCAAUAAUAUGUAAUAUUUGUUAAAAUACGCGCGUUAUAUUCGUGAGUGAAUGUAGUUUUUGGUAAUGGAGGAAAGAGAAGCUGUUAGAUUAUCCACAGCCAAACUGUUAUCUACGAACGCCACACGAAUAACAAGGUCAGCAAAUAAGCAAGGAAAAGUUAACCAAACAAGUCUCGUCAAUGGAAGACAGUUUCCGGCUGACUGUUCCACGAGCACGUCGCGCGGAUUUCACGCGGAUAGAUUUCAAAUCCCAUCUCGCGCAUCGUUCGCUCUGGAUUCUCGCCCCAUUAUUCCGAAGGACUUGGAUGAAAGGGACCCCUUCGUACCACGACCCCGACAACCGGUAACACGUCGGAUGCGAAGGCAAAACGGAUUUGGAGGAAUUAAGAAUAAGAGAGGGAGAGGAAUGGAAUUGGGGAGGAGGAAUAACGAAAAAUUGCGGUUCAUUAUUGACGACGACGAGAUAUGUGAAAUAUAUUCCGAGAAUUUGAUGUCAUUUCUUGGGAAAAUUUUUCAAUCGACUAUCGUAUCAUAUUCUCCUAAUACAAAGUCGAAUUUUUGGAUAAAAAUUUUUCUUUCUUCGAGGAAUUUCGAUAUUGAUCUUUGACUAGGAACACUGGAAAAAAUGGCAAAAAAUAUUUUGACACCAUUACCGUAAUAUCCGGAAAUUCCAAGGAAUUGAUCUCAUUUCCAAAAACUAUUAAAAAUACUCUUAUCAAUUUAGAUGAAAGAAGAAUUAAUUAAUCUAUCAUCUUCUCACGAAAAUAAGAAUGAUUAAAAUAAUAAUAUGUGCCACAAGGGACAGUAGCUCGAAAAAGGUAAGUAUAUAAAAUAUAUACUUUUAUUAUUCAUAUUCCUUCAUCCAGUAUAUUCCUGUGCUCCAAUUUUCCUGUUAUUCAUAUCCCCUCCAUAUCCAUCAAUCCUAUACGUUUCUAUACAAUCCUAUAUAUAUUACGCAUAUUCCUAUAUUCCUAUUAUCCAUAUUCUUUAAUUCUAAAUAUUCCCUAGUGUUCCUCUAUUCCUAUUAGCCAUAUUUCUCCAUUCUGGUUAUUCCUAUGAUCCUAUGCUCCUAUUAUCCUGAAUAUUCCCAUGUUCCUACACUCCGGUUAUCCAAAUUUUUCCAUCCCGAAUAUUCCUGUGACCUAUUAUUCCUAUUAUUCUUAUUCCUUAAACCUGUGUUCCUUUUCCUAUUAUCCGUCUUCCUUAAUCCUAUAUAUUUCCGUGUUCCUAUAUUAAUCUUCAACCCCUUAACCCUUUAGAAUUAAGAAAACUGUUGAAAAAUAAUUAAUUAAAUAGCUGUAAAAAGGUAAGUAAUAAAAGGUAAGUAGAGGUAAGUAUUUUAAAUAUUAUCGAAAUUUUCGAAAAUUUUUGUAAAUAAACAUUGAAAAUGUAAAUAAACAGACCGAGAAUGUAAAUAAACAUUGGAAAAUGUAAAUAAACAAACCGAGAAUGU